AUGCAUUUCAAAGAUUUAGGAUUGCAUGACUACACUCUCAAAAACUUGAUGUAUGAGAAUAAUUGCUGUAAAUUUUAUGAUGCCGUGGAUGAAAACAACAUCUCAUAUGUUUUAAAAUUUGUUCCCUCAGAUGUGACUUCGGAAGGGGAUACUUUCCCAUUCGUGGAUCGCUUUCAAGUAAAGGAAGGUGUUUUUUUGGUAUAUUCCUCAAAUGACUUUGGAAAAGAAGGUACGGACUACUUUACUUAUACUGGUAGUGGUGGAAAUGAGGUUCACAUCUCGGGCACCUCUUCAGAAGCAGGAAUAAAACCGCAGUUUAUUGAAACUUGCCAUCCAAAACAUCUUAAGCGGGGAACAAAAGAGCAGGAAGAUAUAAAUAGUAGUACCUCAAAGAAAAGUGCAGUUAUCAACAAUUUUUCGGGUGAAAAAACACCAAAUCCAAGGCCACAGAGUUCCAACAUUUCAGAAAGAGAGACGUAUGUCGGAAUAUUGAACGUCAAAUGUAAAAAUAAGAACUCAUCGAAAAUACGAAGUGAAAAAUUGGUAAGCUCCGUCAUCGAAACAAAGCAUACGCCAGGAUUGGCAUCUAUUUUAUCGAAAGAAGGCACUACAUAUCCGAAUAAUGCGGACGGGAAACAUAUCAGUAUCGUGAAUCCAUCCUCAAAAAUAUAUCAUUCAUCCCAUAAACAGAUUGUUAAAACGCCUAUCCCUAAGAGUGGCCUUUCUCCAAUUGAGAGAUGCCCUUUCAAUGGUCAAAAUAUUAAAUGCUACUCACCAAGACCACUAGAUCAUGAAAGUCCCCAACGUGAUUUCAAUAAUAACUUUCAGCUGAGAAUACUGAAGAGCUCGGUGUUGCAAAGGAGACAAUCAACACAGAAUAGUUGA